AUGCCGGUUCAUAUGCUAAGGCUCCAGUCAAACGAUUCUCUUAAUCUGUCCGGUAGUCCAAGGUCUUCCGUCGAUACAGACGCUGGCUCUGUCGAUAAUCUCAUCCUCAACAAGAAUAAUGAUAACAAUGAAGAAAGAUCUCUCAAUCAUAUUGAUUAUCGCUUCUACAACCUCGAUCAGCGCUUAGACUACCUUCAAGGCAAUCGUUAUCGCGAAGGUGGUCGUGGCUGGUGGGUUUUGGCGGCUUGUACAACUAUCAACUUCUUCUAUCUAGGUCAAGUCUAUAGCUUUGGUGUUUAUCAAUCUGAAUUGGAGAAACGAGGCGUCGCUCCAACCUGGAAGUUAGCUUUUGUGAGCGGUCUUGCUACAGGUACCAUGGCCCUCCUUUCUGUUCCUGGUAUGCUAGCAAUCAAGUACACAUCUCAUAAACAUGUCGCUUUAUUUGGUUCUAUUUUACUAGGUGUUGGUCAGAUUGCUUCAAGUUUCGCUACAAACAGUUUACCAACCUUAUUCGCGACUCAAGGAUUGGUUGUUGGUGUAGGAUUAGCUUGUUGCUUGAUUAGCGUCACUGGUUUACCGGCUACAUGGUUUGAAAAGCGAAGAGCCUUGGCUUGUGGUAUCAACUCAGCUGGAGGUGGCAUAGGCGGCGCUAUUCUCAGUCUAGCUGCAGUCCAUUUGACAGAAAAGCUCGGUCUGUCUUGGUCACUACGUAUACUUGGCAUGGUUUCACUCAUCUUCACAAUUCCGGCGUCCUUAAUGCUCAAAGUUGGUGUUGAGGAUCCACCUAGGCCAUCACUUUUACAAGAUAUCAAAUACGCACUCAAAAGCAGAUUAUUUUUGUGCAUUAUUUUGGCUCAAAUCCUUGCCUCAUGGCCUUUUUUUGCGUUUCCAACAAUUUUACCUACUUAUGCCAGAAGUCUUGGUCUUUCUGACUCACAAGGAGCAUCAUUUAGCGUUGGCUACAAUCUCGCAUCUGCAGCUGGUAGAUUGGGACUCGGAGCUCUAGCAGAUGCCUGUGGAAAUAUCAACUCACUGAUUUUGAGUUAUCUUUUGGCAGGUUUAGGUGCUUUGGUUGUUUGGCCGUUUGCGACAUCUAUUGGUCCAUUAGCUGUAGUAGUAGCACUCGUAGGUAUUGGAUGUGGUGGUGUGUUCAGUUUACAGGUUCCUUGUAUUGGACAAUCUAUUGAAACGUACAGAAUACAAGCAGGAAUUGUCCUGUUUGAGUUAGGCUCAAGUCCAGGAUACUUUUUGGGCUCUUUUGUUAGCGGUUUAUUGCUAGAGAAGCUUGGCGGUGUAGCAGCUGGUGCUGAUGCGUACAAGCCAGGCGAGUUUUAUAUCGGCGGAACAUGCUUAGCAGCAUGUGUUGUUGUUCUGUUGGCACGCUUUCUGGGAUCGAGAAAAAUUUUAGCAAAGUAUUAG